AUGUCGUACCUCCCUAACAGCUUCGUUGAGGGGCAGCUCCUGGAUGGGCGCUUCCGCACCGUUGCUCCCCUGAACCAUGGCUCUUUUGGCAUGGUCUUCCUCGCAUAUGAUAUGAAGACUGGCCAGGAUGUUGCUGUCAAGUGCAUGGUGAAAGGGGCAAUGCCUGAUGAUCGUUUCGAUGAGCUCUUUUGCCAUCGUCGUCUCGGAUAUCAUCCGAACAUUGUCAACCUCAUUCACUCGUUCGAGACCGAGACCCACAUGUAUCUCGUCUUGGAAUACUGUGCGAAUGGCGAUCUCUAUGAGGCAAUCAGACUCAACCGUGGUCCCUUGGAAACCGAGCAUGUACGGGAUUUCAUGCUGCAAUUAGUGAGCGCUGUCGAGUUCAUGCAUGCCAAAAGUCUAUAUCACCGUGACAUCAAGCCUGAGAAUAUCUUCUUGAUGCAGGAUGGUUGCAUGAAAUUGGGCGAUUUAGGUCUAGCAACUGGCGAAGCCUGGUGCUAUGAGGCCUGCGUGGGAAGCGAUCGUUACAUGGCACCUGAGCAAUACGACCCGGCUACCACAGGAUACUCUCCUGCCAAGGCUGAUAUCUGGGCCGUUGGUAUCUGCUUGCUCAAUGUCCUCUUCGCUAGAAACCCCUUCGCAACGCCAACCGAAUCCGAUAUCUUGUUCGCCGACUAUGUUCGGGACCGCCAAUCUCUGUUCGACAUCUUCCCGAACAUGUCUCAAGAUACUUUUGAGAUUCUGCGACUUGCACUGGCCAUCGACCCUAACAAGCGCUCGCUCUCUGGCAUCCGUGAUGCGAUCCUCCGGACUGUCACCUUUACCAUUGAUGACGAGGGUCUCGAUGACUUCUGCACGGAUGACCGUGAAAUGGUACCUGCCAGCGCCAAUCGCGAGCCUCUUCGCACCCCUUCGAUCCAGAGCCCCUUCGUCAACCAAGGCGACUCGUUCCCUUGGGCCAAAGCCCUUCAGUACAGUCCGCCCCAGGAUAUCCGGAAGUUGUCCGCAAUUCCCGACGACAGCUACGACGAGGAUCUUUUCCCACCAUCGGAGACGGCUGGUACUUCCUGGUUUUCUGUUCACCAGGGUACUCCGUCCAUGGCUUCUGUUAUGGAGUCUGCUUUGGGUGACUCAUACCGCUCGACCGCGUUCAAAAAGAUUGAGCCCCGCUUCCCACCCCUGUCCGACCCUGUCACCAUCACAGGGUCUUUGCCCAGCCAACCACCCAAGCCUCUGCCUUCCCUUUCCAUGGUAUUCGGUAAGAAGAAGGAAGACCAAAUUUCCAAGAGCUGGAGUGACCUGUGGGAUGAGGACGAGGAACUGGAAAGCGAAGAGACUGAGUUGCAGCAACGACGUGAGCAGAACUCUCGUAGCUGGAGCCAUGACAGUAGUAGUCCUGAGCUCGUUGGCCCUUCCAGCGUUCUUCAGGAUGUAACUACAUCAAUGCUCAAUAUCCAGUUACAGGACGAGGCAGUUCCCACCGCCGAGGCCCGUGCCAUUCCUGUACAGCCACUCCACGACGAGAACGCCACAUCCAAGUCGGCACCUACUUCUCCACAAAGUUCAUCGAAGAAGUCGAACCUGGAUAAAUGGGCCGCUUUGGGUGACCGUCGACGGAAUUACAAGCCGGCCGAGGUGUCCUUCAAGCAGAAGAAGUUUUUGAACAACAUGGCCUGGCGGAAAGACUGGGGUCUGGGCUCGUCAGGGUUCGACUAUGGAUCCUGGGCGAAGAAGGAACCUGUCUCUCCAGAACGUCGCCGUCGCCCAUUCCUGGAGAAGGGGUGGCGUCGCGAUGCUGUGGAGUCCUCCAAGCUUACAUAUACCAAGCCGGCAAGCGGCUAUGAUGGAAGCAUCGAUGAAGACCUUGACCUGGUUGGUGGCUGGCACGACCUCCACCUGUAA